AUGUCAUAAGGUUAUGUAUUGAACUUUUCAUUUCUUACACUUAAGGAUCUAUUCUCUUCCUCUUCUCACAAUAUAAAAAUCACCCUUUGACUCUUUUGUUUAUUAACUUUACUUUGCCUUACCUACCUUACUUGCCUCACAUUUCUCAACACAGUUUCAUGGCAAUUAUCUUGGAGCCUUGAUCUUAUCUGACCCCUCACCAGACAGAACACCACAGAACUUUGAAGUUCCUCGAACCUGGAAGAAAUAUAUCAUAUUGAAACAUUCAUUUGGAGAAAUUGAAUAGUCAAGGGAAACUGAAAGAUUUUUAAAGAUGAUUUCGGGACGUGGAAGAGCUAGAAUUCGUGCGCCUCGUAGGGCCUUUCAACGUGCCGGCGAAAAAAACGAAUUCGAGAUUCAAUGGGAGAUCUUACAAAAUGCACUUCAGGAAAUCCACGAAAAGAAUGCAGGAACUCUAUCUUUUGAACAAUUAUACCGGGCUUCUUAUAAAAUCGUACUGAGGAAAGACGGAGAUUUACUAUAUGAACGAGUCAAAGUUUUCGAGGAGCAAUGGUUCGCUGGGAAAGUCAUGCCAACUAUUCGCAAACUUAUAACUUCGAAUCUGGUCAAUGUCGCUGCUGGUGGCGUAUCUGGAACUGCCGCAAACGAACGAAGACUUACCGGUGAACAAUUUCUAGAAGGACUAAAGGCUUCUUGGACGGAUCACAAUUUGUGUAUGGGUAUGACAACUGAUGUCCUCAUGUAUAUGGAUCGAGUUUAUUGUGGCGAUAAUCGCAAGGCUUCAAUAUACACUACAGCUAUGGGACUUUUCCGGGAUCACAUUUUACGUUCACCACUUCUAGACAAUUCGAGCAUGAUCACCUUUGAUAUUCUCAACUCGGUUAUAUUGGACCAGAUUGGGAUGGAGAGAGAAGGUGAUGUCAUCAAUCGACAUUUAAUCCGUUCGGUCAUCUAUAUGCUAGAGGGUCUAUACGAAAGCGACGCAGAGAACGAAAGUGAGAAGCUAUACAUUACAGUUUUCGAACCUGCAUUUUUAGCAGCUAGCAGAAAGUUUUACCAAGCAGAAUGUCAAACUUUAUUAAGGGACUCGCCUGCUAGUACUUGGUUACGUCAAGCAAAAAGACGACUCGAUGAGGAAGCUGAUAGGUGUGAUACGACUAUCGCUCAUUUCACAAGUAGGAAGAUUCAAAAAGUUGUCGAACAAGAAUUGAUCAGCAGUCAUCUGAACGAAUUUCUUGCCAUGGAAGGCAGUGGUUUGCAGGCCAUGAUCGAAAACGACCGGUUUGAGGAUUUAUCCAUUCUAUAUCAACUUAUCACUCGGAUAGAUGCAGGUAGAGGACCGCUGAAAAUUGCACUACAAGGUCGUGUGGUACAACUCGGGUUGGAAAUCAACAAAAUUAUCGCUAGUGGGGAUUUCGAAACUCCUGAGGAUACCAAGCCCGAAGCAGAGGAUGAUGAAGCUGAAGGUGCGAAGAAGAAGGCUAAGCCAAUGAAUGCUGCGGCGAAGCAAACACUUGCAGCCAUCAAGUGGGUUGAUGAGGUCCUACGAUUGAAGGAUAAAUUCGACAAUAUGUGGAAGAAAUGUUUCAGUGAAGAUACCAUUCUGGAAACGGCUAUCACUAAGAGCUUUUCGGAUUUCAUUAACCUUUUCGACCGAUGUUCCGAGUACGUCUCCUUGUUCAUUGACGAUAAUCUCAAGCGUGGUAUCAAGGGCAAAACCGAGGUUGAGAUCGACGAAGUAUUAGACAAAGCCACCACUUUACUUCGAUAUAUUCAGGACAAGGAUAUGUUUGAAAGAUAUUACAAGAAACAUCUUGCGAAACGUUUACUACUCAACAAAUCUGAAAGCACUGAUGUGGAGAAGCAGAUGAUUUCUCGAAUGAAGUUGGAAAUCGGAAAUUCAUUUACAACGAAGCUGGAAGGGAUGUUCAAGGAUGUUACCAUGUCCGAAGAACUCACCCAGAACUACAAAAAGCACAUCGACAACGUUGGAGAUAAGGAUCGAAAACCAAUCGAAUUAUCUGCUAUUGUUCUUUCUACCAAUUGUUGGCCUACGGAACUCAUUGGUGGUAUUCCUUCAUCAGAAGACGGACCUCGACAAUAUUGUAAUUGGCCUGUGGAACUACAAAAAUUACAAGAUUCAUUCAAGGCAUUCUAUCUCAAAGAUCGAAAUGGUAGAAUGUUGACUUGGUUAGGUAAUUUGGGAAAUGCUGAUGUCAGAUGUCAUUUCCCAGCCAUUCCAGGAGAAACAGGACCGAAGAGUAGGGAAAGAAAGUACGAACUCAAUGUGAAUACUUAUGGUAUGAUCAUUUUGAUGCUUUUCAAUGAUCUACCAGAUGGAGCAACAUUAUCGUAUGAAGAAAUUCAAGAACGUUUGAAUAUUAGCGACAAAGAUUUACCACGUGCAUUGAUGCAACUCUCUGGUCCACCAAAAUCUCGAGUUCUUCUUAAGAAACCUGGAAAGCCGAAUGAAUUGCCUACAAUGGGUGAUGUUUUUACAUUCAAUGCCGGUUUUGUUAGUAAAGCUGUCAAGAUUAAGGUUCAAGCAAUGGGUGGACAAACUAGCAAGGUUGAAGGAGCUGAAGAAAGGAAAUUGACUGAAGAAAGAAAUGAUGAACAUCGAGGAAAUGUUAUGGAUACAGUUAUUGUCCGAAUCAUGAAGGCACGUAAAGAAUGUCCUCAUCAACAACUCGUUACAGAAGUCAUUUCGCAACUUUCACAACGCUUCCAACCUAAUAUCAAUAUGAUGAAACGACGUAUUGAAAGUUUAAUCGAAAGAGAAUAUUUGGAAAGAAUCGAAGAUGCUAAAGUACCUACUUAUAAGUAUCUGGCUUGAUUUUUUCAUUCGACUCUUUCUUUUCAUUCGAAGAUUCCAUGGGUUGGGUGGCUGGAUAGAAUGUAUUCAUGGGAUGGGGUGCGUUCAGGGAACUUUGGGAAUUUAUGCUUUCGCGGUUAAUUGCAUUGGACUUGAUAUAAUAUGUCAUGUCAGAUCCAUAUCACGUUCAUAAGAUUGCAUAGCAUAGCAUAGCAUUUCUUGCAAACUGGUGCAAAGGUGCUGGUGCUGGGGUGUUGAAAAUGGGUAUGGGAAUGGGUAUGAAAGAUAAUUGAAUUCUUUUAAUUUUGAUUUUAAUUUCUUCUUUUUGAAACAAAGAAAGAAGGAAGGAAAGAAGGCAAGGAAUGGCGUAUGGUAUGAUGUGGUAUGAUAUGAUAUACUUAAUGAAUGGCAUGCUGCAUAGGUAAAUGAAUAAAUGGAUGAAUUGGAGUUUUAUGAGAUGAGGUGUAAUGAGGUGUAAUGAGUUGAGUUGAUAUAAGGUGUUGUGUGAUGAUAUGAGGUGUGAUGAGGAAUUGUAUGGCAGUGUUGUGAAUGUUCUGUUGUGAGUGUCUUGGGUAAUACUCAUAUACUCAUAUACUCAUCCGAAUUCCAACAAGAAUAGUAAAUAGCAAUAAUGACAAUCAUAAUAAUAAU